GUUGAAUAUUAUUCUCCUCUGCACUCUGGAAGAAGUUUAUCCAGUGGGUUUGAGAAAACCCAGAUCUGGGUUUUUCUCAAAAAUGUGUGUUUUCUCCACUGCAAAUACCAGCAUCCUAGCAUUUGCAGGAAGUUAAUCCAUUAGAUUUCUCAAACCCGAAUCUGGAUUUGAUUUCGAAAGGAAGAAGAAGGAAGAAGAGCACCCUAAUUCGUUUUUGAUUUGUAGAUCUGGUUCAGAUCUAAGGUUUCUUCGAGGUUUUCUUUUUGUUUUUGGGUUGAUUUGUUCAUUUGGGGUGGGGUAGUCUAAAAUUCUGCAAAUCAUGUCAAUGGCUUUAGUUUUUCUAUGAUCCUCAUGCUUCGUGUUCGUAUUAUGCAUUCUUUCUCGGUUGUGUUUCUAUACUGGUUCUAUAUGUUUUCUCGUGAACUAAUCCUCUAAGUUCAUCUCGAUUUAAUUUAACCCUCGUUUUGCGACAUCACUUGGGGCACUAGUGGCUCCACUGCCAACCUCACUGUUGAUAUUGCUAACAAGGUGCAGAACAUCAUCUGCGUUGAGAUCAAGAUGCAUCUGAGUGCAAUGUUUGAGAAAAACCUAGAUCUGAGUUUGAGAAAGGAAGAAGGGAGAAGAGAGAGAGAAAGAAUACGAAGAAGAAAGAAGAAGGAUGAGAAGGGAAAAGAAGGAGGAAGGUUGAUAGAGAAUGAGGAGGCAAACUAUCGAAAGAGGAGGAAGAAGAUGAAGCUUGAGAGAGAAAACCCAUAUCUGUAUUUGCAAAGGUAAGGGAAAAGGAAAGGUAAAGGAAAGAGAAAGUGGAAGUGGAAGAACGGAUCAUUUUUUUUUUUUUUUUUGAUGUGGAUGAAAAAAAUAUAUAUCAUUUUUAAAU